AUGCGGCAGAGCCACGUUGGGCCCAAGGAUCAGGGGCUGCCGCACGGCCUUAGCUCCGGGGCGGUGAAUUUCUUUAUGGCCUCUGGGGAUGGCCACCUUCAAAAGUACAUUGAGCGCAUGCUGGGCUGGGGCUCCGGCCCCCACCAGCCGACUUCGACGCCCGUGUACGGCCCCAGUAAGACGCCGCGCCUCCAGCAAUUUGUGGACAUGACGACGAACAACAGUGGAAUGACUCCAUUUUUUUCACUGAACAGCGCUGCAGGUGGAUGCGGUAACAACACUGUGGAAUACACAGAGGAGGAAGCAGUGGAGAGGGAGGAGGAACGGACGCAAGUGUACAUGGAUCCGUCACAGAGACAGGAGAAAUGGGAGGAUCAUUUGGCACAAGCUCAAAUCACAAUGAAUACUCCUCAGCAAAAAAAGCGACCCGUGCAGAUAUCACCGGGUGUGAACACUCCGGCUUCUACGAUGGGAAUGACACUGUCACCCGCUACGGCGGGCCGCAGUGUAAUUCAAGUCACACCUGCUUCCACGGCAGCCCGCUCUACCAUCCACGUGGAGAGUGUUUCUCAUCCACCACCGCGGAGUGCACAUGCAGUGACUAUGAUUGGAGGAUCCAAUUCCUUUGCCACCGAGCUGGAAUCCGCAUUUGCCGAACAAACGAAAAGAAAGAACGCAGUGACCAAACAAAAUCAUCAAGAAGAGGCUGAAAUGUCAACCUGCAGGGCGGAUGUGGAUACGACACAAAGUGUGGCAGACAUUUCUCUUGACGGUAAGUCGCAGAAGACAUUGGAUACGGGUCGCGUGGAACGUUCUACGCAGCGUCGCAAUAAAGAAAAGCGACAUGGGAAGUUAAACAACUGUUCGCAGCAGAAUCAUCAGCGACAAAACAAUAAAACCAACGCCAAUAAAAACAACAACAAUCGUUCCGUCCUUACGCCCCUCACACCGCAUGAAAACACCUCAUCAAUGGAGAAUAACAGAAAGUGUUUUUUGCGUUUGCAGUGCCAUGGCGAUCGCCCAGCGACGGUGUUUUCGUGCAUCAAAUUCCAUGCUGGCGACCAUGUUAUUUUCGAUGCGGACCGUGGCGUGGAUUUGGGUGAAGUCCUUCACUGUGAGGAGUUAACGGAUGAGUCCUCCCCCAAUGAUACGGAGGCCGCUGCUGCUGCCGCCGCUACUGCUGGUGGCUUCGGAGCGAAGGGCGGCAGCCGUCGGUCGCUGCCGCGGGUUGUGCGCCGUGCGACGCCGGAGGAGGUGGAGGACUGGCGGGGGGCGCUCGUCAAGAGGGAGGAGGAGGCCGUUUUGGAGUGCCGUGCGGCGUGCGGGGAGCUCAAACUCACAAUUCACGUCGCAGGCGCCGCCUUUCAGUUUGACCGGCAGAAACUCAUUUUUUUUUAUGAGACGGACGGGCGUGUCGACUUCCGCUCGCUGCUGCAAGUGAUGUUUUCAAAGUUCCGCUGCCGCAUUUGGAUGGAGCGCAUCAACGCCACGCCGUGA